UGUAUAGUGAUGACUGAUGAGUAAAUAUUAAACAUACACGCAACAUAGCUAUCUUGAAAACUGUUUGAUGAUUUGAGACAAAGAGACCAAAACAAAUGGAACCUUCUUCCCAUAUCUAUCACACAUCCUCAUACACCACCCAGAUUCUGCCAUGUGUUCUCACUCCAUCAAAAUUAAUUAUUUUAGGGUUAAUAGAGAUGGUUUAGUCUCAUGCUUUUUGUUUAUUCCUUUUUUUUCUUUGGUCAGAGCUAUACUAAGGACUUUAAAACUACUAGCUAGAAAGCAAAAUUUACUCUUUUGUUUUGUCAACAUAAUAAGCUUUUUUUUCUACUUCUUUUUAAUUUGUCUCCGUAUUUCAUCAAGAAAAGACACGUAUUUAGAUAGAUGAUUGGAAGGGCGGUACCAAAUCUCCUUGACUUGACUUUGCAUGUACCAUAUAUAUAUAUAUAUAUUUGUAUAUACAUAAUUCAUGAAAAAACCAAAUUUUCUCUGUAAUCAAGUUCUCAAAGCUAUUAGCUUCUCUCUCUAGCUCUCUCACAUAUAACAUUUGAAAAGAGAUGGGAAAAUCCUCAAGUUCGGAGGAAAGUGAAGUGAAGAAAGGGCCAUGGACUCCGGAGGAAGACGAGAAGCUCGUCGGCUAUAUUCAAACGCACGGUCCCGGAAAAUGGCGAACCCUUCCCAAGAACGCCGGGUUAAAAAGGUGCGGAAAGAGUUGUAGAUUGCGAUGGACGAAUUAUCUAAGACCCGAUAUCAAGAGAGGAGAGUUCUCUCUUCAAGAGGAAGAAACCAUCAUUCAACUUCAUCGUCUUCUUGGAAACAAAUGGUCCGCAAUUGCCAUUCACUUGCCGGGAAGAACAGAUAAUGAAAUCAAAAACUAUUGGAACACUCAUAUAAAAAAGAAACUCUUACGAAUGGGGAUUGAUCCGGUGACUCAUUGUCCCCGAAUCAAUCUUCUCCAGCUCUCUUCGUUUCUCACCUCAUCAUUGUUUAAAUCUAUGUCACAACCGAUGAAUACUCCAUUUGAUCUCACUACUUCAAGUAUUAAUCCUGAUAUCUUGAAUCACCUCACUGCCUCUCUCAACAACGUUCAGACCGAAUCAUACCAACCAAACCAACAGCUUCAAAACGACCUAAACAAUGAUCAAACCACUUUCACCGGUUUGCUCAACUCAUCAACACCACCGGUUCAAUGGCAAAACAAUGGAGAAUACUUGGGAGAUUAUCUCAGUUAUAACGGUUCAGGUGAUCCAUCUAUGAACCAAGUCCCUCAAACCGGAAACUACUCAUCGGCCGCAUUUGUAUCCGAUCAAAUUAACGACGGUGAAAAUUUUAAGGCCGGAUGGAAUUUCAGCUCAUCAAUGCUACAUGGAACUUCGUCAAGCAGCUCGACACCGUUGGAUUCGUCUUCCAAUUUUUAUGUCAAUGGUGGAAGCGAAGAUGAUAGAGAGAGUUACGGUAGCGACAUGUUGAUGUUUCAUCAUCAUCAUGAUCAGAAUAAUAAUGCUUUGAAUCUAUCAUAAUGUCUUAUUUAUUUUGCUUCUUGAUUUUAUUUGUUUUUAUUUUUAUUUUUAUGAGGGUUUGUAAUUGUGUUACAUACUUUGUACUAUAAGAGCUUAGUCUAUUAUUAUCUUGACUCUGUUAUG